CGAGGCGCGACGGAGCCAGGCCGGGUGCCCCGUGCGGGCCGAGGGGGAGCGGGUUUCCUGGGCCCCGCGCCGGGGCAGGAGGAGGGGAGAUGCUGCCCUCGUUCCAGGAGUCCCUCGACGGGGACGAGCGGGAGCUGGAGAGCAGCGAGGAGGGGCCCGGCCUUGCGGAGGGACGGAGACCCGAGCGCAGCAGCAGCAGCAGCAGCAGCAGCAGCAGCUACUACUGCCUGUACGGCUACCAAGGCUGCCGGUGGCACCAGGGGGUAGACAGCGAUGAUGGAAGUCCAAGCAGUACAACAGCUGAAACUCCCUCUUCGGAUGAUUUCAGCCUCUCGUUGGUGGACACGAACUUACCCGCCGAAGCAGAGACGGAACUGCGCAGUUUUAUUGCCAAGCACCUGGCUAAGGGAGCCUUUUUCGAAGGGAUGGGCAGCAUUGCGUCUGUGGAGCUGAGUAUACCGGAGAGCCGAGUUGGUUGUUACCACUGCCUGCUCCAGCCAGAAAAACACGCCGAGGCGGCCAGUUCAGAAUCAAGUCUCUGUCCUUUAGACUACGUUGUCUGCUUUUUGGGAGGCUCAGAGAAGGGGCUUGAACUAUUCAGACUUGAGCUGGACAGAUGCACGCAAGAUUUGAAGAUUGCCUUGGAUGCAGAGCAACAUAAUCUGGAGACGUGUGUUCAACCCCUUCUCAGAACUUGGUUUGAGGACUCCGUGUGCCCCAUUCAGAGGGUGGUGCAGCUGUUCCAGGAGAAACUUGCCUGUGUAUUGCACGCCGCUUUGAGUUACACUCCAGUGGAAGUCAAAGAGUCCGAUGAAAGGACAAAGGAGGACAUUAACAGGUUCCUUAGAGCUGCAAGCCUUCAAGGUCUUGUCCAGGAAGCCACCAUGACUUCCUUAUGCAUGGCAAUGAAUGGGGAACAAGACACAUCAGUGGUCAUAGACUGCAGCGGGCCGCAACCGCAAUUCCACAACGCAGGCAGUAACAAAUUCUGUGAAGAAUGGACACAGGUGUUUCUGAAUGGUUCUGAAGGGGGAAAUCCAUUUCUCUUCCGACAAAUACUGGAGAACUUUAAAUUGAAGGCCAUACAAGAUAUCAACAAUCUGAAGCGGUUCAUCCGACAGGCAGAAAUGAACCAUUAUGCUCUGUACAAGUGCUACUUGUUUCUGAAGAACUGCGGGAGUGGCGAUGUCCUCUUGAAGAUCGUAAAAGUGGAACACGCAGAGAUGCAAGAAGCCAAAAAUGUGAUAACAGUCCUUGAGGAGUUCGUGAGAGAGUCAGCGGUAGCCUAAUCCGACUUCGAUUUCGGGCUGCGUGUGCAUCAGAAAAUUAAGGUACAUCUGGGUAUACCAUGCGGGAAGGGAACCCCCCCCUUCUAACCACAUGGACACACUGGGGAGCUGUAACAGUUCUCACUGUAAACAUGCAGUCAAGAAAAGGCAGGCUUUUCUCUUGCAUUUUGGAGGGUAUGCGGUGGGUAUACCCAGUGUACCCUUGUAUGGUGUCCGUAGGUUGUAUUAAUCUGUUUCAUAGUGCAGAAAAUGGCUUUUAGUUGGAGGUCUGUUAUAGCAGUAGCAUUCUCACUGUGAAAUAGGAUUCACUGUUGUAUACAUUUGUACUCGCAACCUUUGGAUAACAAGACCACACUUAACAUUUGCUUUUCUAAAGAAAGGUGGAAAGGUUUAAUCUGUAAACAUUUCAUUUUGCACAAAUUCAUUACGUUUUAGAUCUUAUCACGUGAGGUUUCCUACUCUAUUUGCUCUGGGAAUGCAGGACAGACUAUAUAUUGGUUGAAUUUUCCAUCACGGGACCAAGAACAAUACGUGUUAAUGUUGGUGGUAAUUCUGCAGCUACAAAUUCAGAAAGUCUUAAAUAUGUGAAUGCUGCUACAAUGGAUCAGAUUUAAUAAAAUAAAUUCCUAUAAAAUGACUGUUGAAAGGAUUACAUUCUCUCUUUUAAAGAAAGAGGCUGAAAGCUUUCUUGGCUAUGUAAGCCUUUUUUGUUGUUUAUUUGGCACUUUGCUUGUACAUCAUGAAUUAGAAGCAACUUGAGUGUUGUAGUUACUGGAUAAAUUUCCGUUAUUGCUGCUGUGGCCGCAAGCCAAAGAAUCCAGCGCGGAGCAUCUGCCCGUGCACUUGUGCUGGACUUCUUCCGCAAUUUGCUCUUUCCAUCUGUCCCCUUAACUCCUGCUGUGUUCCCAUUCGUUUAAAAAGCAGUUUGGGGCUGCAAAGUGAGAGCCCCUUUUGAAAGAAAAAAACACACACACAAGAAAUAACACCUGCCCCAUGGCAGAAAUUUUAAUUUAAAAGGCUUGUGGUAGGUAGCCCCUCGAAUAGUUUUCUCAGGUCUAGGUUUGGGGAGCGGGUUUGUGAGGUAGCAGCUGCCGAGAGGGAAUCUCUCGUGCUUUUUUAAAAUGCUGGCCUCCCCUUCAACAGGCAUUUAGCAAGGGUUGAACUCCCCUCUCCACUCUGCCUCCGAACCAGCUGGUCAGAGAGGUUUUUUUUUUUAAAAAAGAAAACCAUUAGGGAUGUGACCAGCGGCUGUCGCCUUCAUACUGAGCGCCACCCACGCGAUACCAGUUUCUGCGUGAAAUGGGAGUGUAGACGACGCCUGUUCCCAGGAAUGUGUCGCUCCCGAGUCCAUGGCCAAGAAUACUUAGAAGCUGCCUCUAUGGGUCUGUAGCCUGCGUCAUGAUACAUGUUAAGUGUUAACAAGUUUCCCAUUGAUAAUAUUGCCUCUUCUAGUUCCCACUGGUCAUGGACCUCAGUCCUGCAAAAACGUUCUGUUUCAAAGGCCCCAGUCCAAAGAUCCUAACAUGCAGCAGUGGGAUGUACUCGUGCGAAGGCUUACACGCACACACUUGUCAAUCAAGUAAGGUUCGUCCCAUUUUAAUUUCUGCUUAAGGAAAUAGCUGUAUGAGCAGUGACAAAUAGACAGACAGACAGACUUGCCAAUCAGCCAGUCUGCCUUGACGGUGCUAACUGCUUGUGAGGGUCUGGUUCUGUCAAAGCUGACGGCAGUUUAUCAGAGGUUGCAUGUAGAGGGUCUGAGCUGGCUGUGAAAUGGCAGGUACAGCCCUGAUUUGCAUACAGCCUGCAAGCCCGAAUGCAGCAAGGAGAUCUGCUUACAGUUUCUUGUAUUCGAGUACACCUUGCUUUUGCGAGACUACAUAGGCUGAAGCAGUGGUUUCACCUAGAGACCAGAUCAAAUCAUGCUGUCAUAAAAAAUAACUGUUAAUUAUUUAAUUAUACUUGUAUUUGUAAAACAUAACCCACCCCCUUACAAGGCCUUUUUUUUUGGCAUGUUCCCAUUAAUAUCCAUUCUUUUUAACAUAAAGAAAAAACUGAUCGGCAAAUCUUUAAUGGAAUCCGCACACAAAUAAGUGUUAGAACAAAAUUAGACAGUAUGUACACAAUAGAAAAAUAUUUGGAAACUCCUUUCAGCGUGCUACUUCAAAUGCACCGUUUUGCUCUACUAGCCCUUGACGGGGAUGCGUGUUCUGUUCAGCUUUUUAAGGCGGCAUGACAUCAUAGGGAGGGUACUAAUUGUGUAAGCAAGAGGAGGAAAAGUUUCAUAAAUCUGGCAUUAAUUGUAAAUGAAACAGACACCAUGGAGAGACAGUGACUUGGGGAGACAGUGACUAACGCAUUUUGUGACGAUGCCUUUUUUUGCUGCACAAAUUCUGCCUGUGAAAUUCUGUGUUUUGUCUUGUAGAGUGCUCUGUGACACAAAUGCGUAGGGGGAAUUCUACAGAACCUCAUCAAAAAGCUUUUUUUCAAUUAGAAACCAGUGAUCAGUGAUGGUAUUAAAAUGCAUUCACCUUCAAGCAA